GUUUGUUGUCGUCAAGACAUACUGACGUCAUCAGUGCGCGCGGCGUCCGUGUGCUGUUUGGGGAAGCCGGAUCGUGCGCUCUGUUCAAACCUCGCGACGACGGUUUUCUUCGCAACAGGACCAUCAUCAUCGCCUCCCGUCUUGCAGGAUGCCUCUGCCUCCGGCGCUGCUGGCCCGCCUGGCCAAGAGAGGGAUUGUCAAGCCAGCAGAACAAGAGGCAGACGAGGAGAUUAUUGCUGAAGACUAUGAUGACAACAAUGUCGACUAUGAGGCCACCAGACAAGAGAAUUUACCACCAAACUGGUACAAAGUUUUUGACCCCAUUUGUGGCCUUCCUUACUACUGGAAUGUGGAGACGGAUUUGGUUGCCUGGCUGUCCCCGAAUGACCCGACAUCGGUGAUAACAAAACCUGCCAAGAAACUGAGAGCUGAGGGAGGAGAUGACAGAGGCGAGAGGCAGUUUGAGAAGCCAGACAGAGAGCGAGAACGGGAGCGAGACAGGGAGCGGGAGCGGGAAAGAGAGCGGGACAGGGAUCGUGACCGGGACAGGGACGACGGGAGGGACAGAGACAGACGAAAGCAGAGGAGAGAAGACGUUGCCCCCUACAGCAAGAGUAAAAGAGGGAGAAAAGAUGAUGAGAUGGACCCCAUGGAUCCAAGUGCUUACUCAGACGCUCCAAGGGGCACAUGGUCCACUGGCUUGCCCAAGCGUAAUGAAGCAAAGACGGGUGCAGACACCACAGCGGCAGGGCCUCUGUUCCAGCAGCGACCGUACCCCAGCCCAGGGGCCGUCCUCAGGGCCAACGCAGCCAAUCAGCCACCCAAGGAGUGACCCGAGCUCCCAGGAAAACAAGGACAGCCACAACCGCUUCUCUUCAUUUUGUUCAAGUCUUCAAGUUCACCAUCGCACACUGAAAUCCUUAAAAUCGUCUUUACUCUGUGAAAUGUGCGCACGUCUGCGUCUCAGAAUUAGACUGCAGAGGUUUUGUAAUACCGGGUGUACUCAUACUUUUGUUGAAACAUUUAGUACAGUUGUAAAUAUGCUUUUAUAUAUAUGUCUAACCUAAAGGUUAACAUUACCUUAUUGUUACUAUGACCACCACAGUUGACAUAAUUUGCUAAUAAAUUUAAAGAUUUCUGUAAAAGUGA